UCUUCUUCCUCCCGCUGCGCCGCAUUCCCCUGUCCUUCACUGCACAGCCUCUUCUUCCCGUCGCCGGUCGUCGGUCGUUGGUCGUCCGUACUCCGGCGUCCUCCGACUAUGUAAUAUGAUUCUCUAAUUCAUUGCGUGAUCAGAUGUCAUGAAGCUGCUUCACCAGCUAAGUUCCUUCCGAUUAUCUCUUCAUCAAAGGCUUCUUAAUCCUUAUAACAAAUCAAUUUCAUCUUCUAGAUUUCUCCAAACAUCUGCAGAAUUAGUCGAUGAUCUGCAGGAAGAAUCAUUAGAACCCAUUUCAAUUUCCUACUCAAAACUAUUAUCAAACUGCUGUCAAUCCCGGUCUUUAAACACCGGUCUUCAAAUCCACGGUCACUUAACCAAGAUUGGUCUUUCAACAGAUGUAAAACAUAGGAACCAUCUCAUUAAUUUAUAUUCAAAAUGUCGGUUUUUUACUUACGCCCGCCAACUACUCGAAGAAAGUCCUGAACUAGAUAUGGUUUCUUGGUCUGCUUUGCUUUCAGGGUAUGCCCAAAACGGGUUGAAUGAGAAAGCUAUAUCGACUUUCCUUGAAAUGCACAAGCUUGGUGUCAAAUGUAAUGAAUUCUCUUUCCCUAGUGUUCUUAAAGCAUGCUCGAUUAAGAAGGAUUUGAGAAUUGGGAAAUCGAUACAUGGGAUUGUGUUUCUUACUGGUUUUACAUCAGAUGUUUUUGUUAUGAACACUUUGGUUGUUAUGUAUGCUAAGUGUGGGGAAAUUAAGGAUGCAGGGGUGUUGUUUAAGGAAAUCCCCAGUCUUAAUGUUGUUUCGUGGAAUGCUAUGUUUUCGUGUUAUGUUCAAAACGAUUUUUGUGGGAAAGCUAUUGAUCUUUUUCAGGAAAUGGUUUCUACUGAAGUAAGGCCGGAUGAGUAUAGUUUGUCAAGUACUUUGAAUGCUUGCACGAGAAUUGAAGACAUUAAUCGAGGAAAAGGAAUUCAUGUGUACCUGAUAAAGCUUGGUUAUGAUUGUGAUUCGUACACGAAGAACGCGCUGAUUGACAUGUAUGCUAAGGCUGGAAGUCUUCGAGAUGCGAUUGGUGCGUUUAUGGAAAUUGAAGAACCUGAUAUUGUUUCGUGGAAUUCGAUUAUUGCUGGUCAUGUUUCUCAUGAUGAUAAUCGUGGGGCGUUGGAGCUUUUAGGGAAGAUGAAGAGGUUUGGAAUUAUUCCGAAUGUGUUUACUAUGUCUAGUGCUCUGAAAGCGAAUUCUGGACUUGAGUUUAAGGAAUUAUCGGGGCAGUUGCAUUCGUUCUUGAUCAAAAUGGAUAUUUUAUGGGACCCUUUUGUGACAGUUGGGAUUAUCGACAUGUAUUGUAAGUGUGAUCUUAUGUUAGAGGCCAGGAUGAUUUACGAAAUGAUGCCGAAGAGAGAUUUGGUUGCUGCAAACGCUUUGAUCUGCGGUUAUUCGCAUAAAGGUGAAGACGAACAAGCAAUUUCUCUUUUUAUCGGUAUUUAUAAUUCAGGUGUCGGAUUCAAUGAGACAACGUUACUGGCGGUUCUCAACUCGAUUGGUAGUUCACAAUCAGUUAAUAUUGGUAAACAAAUUCACACGCUUUGUGUAAAACUAGGGUUCAUGCACGACGUUUACAUCACCAACAGCCAAAUCGACGCAUAUGGAAAAUGUGGCGUUAUAGAAGACGCGUUUCGAGUUUUUGAAGAAUGCCCGUUAUUAGAUUUAGCGUCGUUUACUUCAAUGAUAACCGUUUUUUCCCAAUGCGGGCAAUCGGAGGAAUCUAUGAAACUUUAUCUCAAAAUGCAAGAUAUGGAAUUGAAACCGGAUUCUUUUGUGUGUAGCUCUCUCCUCAAUGCAUCCGCAAAUCUAUCUUCUUUAGAACAGGGGAAACAAAUCCAUGCUGAAAUCGUUAAACAUGGUUUCAUUUCGGAUGUUUUCGCUGGAAAUUCUCUCGUAAACAUGUACGCGAGAUGUGGAUGUAUUCACGACGCUUUCCGCGCUUUCUUUGAGAUACCCGAGAGAGGUGUUGUUUCGUGGUCUGCUAUGAUAGGCGGGCUUGCUCAGCACGGUUAUGGAACCGAAGCAAUCGAAUUCUUUAACGACAUGUUAAACGACGGUAUCGCCCCUAAUAACGUCACCCUAGUCAACGUUCUCUACGCGUGUAAUCACGCGGGAUUGGUUACCGAAGCGAAAAGCUACUUCAAAUCUAUGAAGGACUCGUUUGGGAUCGAACCUACCCAAGAGCAUUACGCAUGCAUGAUCGAUAUUCUCAGCCGCGCUGGAAAACUAAACGAAGCGAUGGAAUUUUUGAACGACAUGCCCUUCGAAGCUAAUGCAUCCGUUUGGGGUGCACUUCUUGGCGCAGCGCAGAUAUAUAAGAACGUUGAACUUGCUCAACUCGCGGCUAAUAAGCUUAUGAUAAAUCAUCCUGAAAAAACGGGUACUCAUGUUCUUCUCGCGAAUGUCUACGCUUCGGCUGGUAUGUGGGAAAGCGUCGCGAAUGUGAGGAGAUUAAUGAAGGAUGGGAAUGUGAAGAAGGAACCGGGGAUGAGUUGGAUUGAAAUUAGGGAUAAAGUUUACACCUUUAUCGUGGGCGAUAGAGGUAACCCGAGAAGCGAAGAAAUAUAUGCGAAACUCGAUGAGAUGAGAGCGUUGAUGAUGAAAUCGGGGUAUGUUGUUAUGGUUGAGACUGAUCUUCAUUGUGUGGAGAAUAAUGAGAAGGAAUUACUUCUUUCAUACCAUAGUGAGAAACUAGCUGUAGCUUUUGGGCUUAUUGCUACUCCAAUUGGAGUUCCAAUAAGAGUGAAGAAGAAUCUUAGAAUCUGUUUGGAUUGUCAUUCUACGAUGAAGUUUAUUUCGACGAUUUCCCAAAGGGAGAUUAUUAUUAGAGACAUAAACAGGUUUCAUCAUUUUAGGGAUGGAUUGUGUUCUUGUGGGGACUAUUGGUAGCAUAACAAGGUGACAGAUUCGAGCUUCUUUGUAUCCAAAUGGAUACACACUCCUAUGAUCGAAAGAAGAAGAGACAUAUUUGCAGAUUUGAUAGUAAUCAUCGGAGAUGUGGACGAUUAAGCAGCUUUAAAAGGUCCUUUUUAACCGCCCUUAUAACAGGAAGAAGAAGAUUCUUUUUUCCUAAAGGUAGACUCCAACUGCUGCCAUUGCCUUCUAAGAAAGAAGAACUGGAAAGGAAAGGAAUCAUAUUGAAGAAGACAGACAGGAUUUCAGAUGCUUGUAUUUAUAUACUUGUUAUUUUUUUUAUUAACAAAUUUUGAUGAUUGAGUUAUUUAAAAAAUAAUGUCAUUUGUAAACACAAUUUGUAAGAUUAGAAAUCACAUUCAUUGCAACUGUAAUACUGUAUUAAUAAUAGCUUUUAACAUUUA